AUGGAAGUCGACGGAUAUAAUGAUAGCAACCGCGCCUUUCUCCAAGCGUUCAUGGCACGCUCAACCAUGACCUUUGAAGAAGCUCAGCCCGUGCUAGCAGCGAUCCUCUCGGCCCAUCAAGGAGGAUCCGUCGACCCCGAGCACAUCACCCAAGAAGACCUGAGCGCCUUCGUCGACGCCGCGAACUCGGCCAUCUCCCCCUUCGAUUUGGAAAUCAGAACAUCCCGCCGGCAAGACCCGAAGGAAACACACCAAGAUGCCACGCAUACGGCCCCCGUCCUGGUCUACGCACUUGUCAACACGACAAGUGAUCCUCUAACCCAGCUCGCGACAACCUACUCAGCCGAUGAAAUCGCAUUCGUCAAGCGAGUCCUCGACUUCAUGUUCGACACGAAUAACACACGCCGAUGCGAGGGGAUGACUAUCACGUCUAUGCAAGCUGUUCAACUUGCAAAAGUGGGCGGAGACCGACGGGGAUCUACGAAUGUCGACACACAGCAGGGUGAAGGUGGUGCAGCGCAGAACUUGACCAUGCAGCAGGCGCAGGAUAUGAUCAAGGCUUUGAUGCAGGAAGGGUGGUUGGAGAAGAGUCGGAAGGGCUACUUCAGUUUGAGUCCGCGCGCACUGAUGGAGUUGCGGGGUUGGUUGGUGUCUAUGUAUAAUGAGGAAGAGGAUGGGCGGGUAGCGCAUCGGAUCAAGUUCUGCGCUGCUUGCAAGGAUAUUAUUACAGUGGGCCAACGCUGUGACGAUCGUGACUGCUUGGGUCGCCUCCAUGACCACUGCGUGCGCAAUUUCUUCCGCAUGCAAAAAGCUGAGAAAUGUCCCGUGUGCAAAGAGGACUGGUCUGGAGAAAAGUUUGUGGGUGAGAGAGCUGUGGAGGAGGCGAGCCGGCCAAGGCCGAGUAGGAAUUUGCGACAGGAGACUGAGGCCACUCCGGACCUACCAGACGGUGAUGCUGGUGCUUCUGGGGACAGCGAAGAAGAACAAGGGUGA